AUGGCCCAACUCACAGACCUACCCAGUGAAGUGUUGGAACUCAUAUACCGCGCUCUUGGAAGUAUUGACGACGUCCACCACUUGAUUCGAACAUGCAGGACAACAGCACGUGUCACGUGUCAGCGAAACGUCUAUCUUGACAUUAUGCGUUCUGUCAUUCAUCAUUCUCCUCAGCACAGACCUGAUUGGUCGGAUAUGGAGAUAUGCGAUGUCCUGGCUCGCUAUCAAGGUCUGCGUGUAUUAGAGGACAUUUGGCUGAGCAGGCAACUUGAAGAACAGGAUUACCUUUCCGCAGGCGAUGCCAGCGACCACCAGGAGUUCUCUGAUAGGUUUAUUACCCUUGUCACUCGUGCCGAUGAGUUUGCAGAGGGACAAAUACAAAGACGGCACCCAAAAGAUAAGCAUACUCAUUCCUAUAAGAACAUGCACCCCGACCAAAGAGCUCGAUUCUAUGCUGCUGUUGUUCGCAUCUGGUUUAUGAACGAGGUUCGAUGGAUGCUGACCAACUUCGACUGCACCAAACUACUCUUGGGUCCCUGCCAAAGGAUGAUUAAGCUCUACGUGCAGGAUGGGUUUCUGACCGAAAGACUGGACGAAUGCGCCAUUUUUGCUUUCAUGUAUCAUCAUCUGCUCCCGAGAAACAUCAAGUUCUUGGCGGAUAGGGACUCAUCAAAGUUACCCUUUACAUUCGAAUCGGAUUUCCGCAAGGACAAUGUCCAGUGUUGCAGAUUACUUCAGGCAUGCCUGACGGCAGCGCAAGCCCACUUCCAACCGCCUGAUUUGAUUGAUCUCGUCAUUCGCUCGAGUCUCAGCCGCCGGCCACCUUACCCAGAAAUGACGAUGCCGGAGUUAAGUGAAGCAUGGAGGCACCCGCAAUCCACGGACUCUCCGCCCAACAUGGACCUCUUUCACAAAGACAUGGCCCCGAUGGCACUGCGAGUUUGCAUUCGUCACCUCCAGAGGAUUGGGCGGUCUUCAAUUCACGAGGAUGUUAACCAUUUAGGUCGCGUACAGAAUAUGGCGCAGUUCUGGUAUAACCCGCUUGUACCGAGGCUUCUAGAUAUUCCUGACUGGGCGAUGACAUACCUUGUUCACGGAGUGAUUUGUGAGUUUGAAAAGGACAAGUCAUGCCAGGAAGGCUUGGUGGACAUGAAGAGUGUAUUCGAGAAGAAAUGGAAGGAGGUUCAGUGGGAGGUAUGGUGGUGGGCGAACAACGAUGAUAAGGCAAGAAUGAAGAUGGAGAGGUGGCGGCAGGCACGUGCCGUUGCAAGGACUCUGUUUGGGGGGGUAUUGCAGCCCUCCAAAAGGCAAUGA